AUGAUCAGGAAUCGUCGAGGCCACUCUGAGCGGGUCGACGCUGUACGCAGAGAGGUAUUAGAAGAAUCGGGACUGCAUUUUGAGCCAAGACAAAUUUCCCUUAUCGAGUCAAAUGGGCCCUUCUGGCUGUCGAUCACUUUCUGGGGCGAAAUCGUUGGAGGAUCGCUCAAGACCGUUCCUGAUGCGGAGUCGCUGGGAGCACGAUGGUUUCCGUUGGAACAAAUCCGAGAAUUCGAGAGAUCAUGGAUCGGAUUAUACCACAGACGACAGUUUAUCCCCUCUCAUGGGGCUAACCUCCAUUCCGGCUUUUGUUUACGGGCCCCUAUUGUACACAUGAUCGAUGCUUCUUUGCGAUGCCGAUCGUGCAACGUCUUCCUUCGUGACUUUUUGCCAUCCAAACCGACUCUGGACAUUCAGUGCAUCCUGUACCGCUUGGCCAUCGUUUGGUUGUCGAAACCGACCGAUCUUCCUUCCCAUCUUCUGGUUCGCAAGAGCGACCCUUCUCGGUUGCCCACAUUCCGGUUAAAUGGUGGUACCCAACUUGAAGUUAUCACCACCUUUCUCCAGUUCAUAUUUUCCCCUGAUGUUACAUUUUGCUCCAAUCUGGGUCACUUCUUCAACGAACAACACAUCCGUGUGUUCGAAGUCAAUUUUAACCCAAGAAGCGACUCAGUAUCUGCUUUGAAUGCCGCAGAUGGACUUCGCUUGUCGCUGCGUGUCAUAUUGCGAGCAAACCAGGAGGUCCUACCUUCGACACUCCCUGAUUUUGAUUGGUGCAGCCUAUCGAGUGAGCAGACGACCGUUGAUACAAGUCAGAUGCCGCCGGUUGUGGAUGAUAAUGCCUUGUUAAGGCAUCUGAUUUCGCUCCCAGCCAAUGAUCCGUCAUUGCCGGCUUUUCUUUUCUGA